AUGAUUGCAGUUUGUCAAGAUGACCAACCGAAGGAGUUUCGUGAGGAGAUCGUCAAAACUAACAAGUUCGUCCGCAACAUCUGUCGGUUCUACUUCGUGUACACCGGGUCCAACAUCCCGGUCUACAUCGUAGCUCCCAUUUUGCUGACCUUUUGGAAAUACCUGCGCUGGAAUGACCCCAACGCACCCUUCUACUUUGACUUUCCCAAUGAACUCCCCCUCCUGAACCACCGCAACAUGUGGCACUACGUCAUCUGCGAAGUCCUGAUCGCCCCCGUGUUCUUCUGCAGCGCCAUCUUCCUCGCCCUCAAAUCGAUGCUCUACUACAGUCUGCUCCAGUACGUAUCGCUGAUGUUUAAGCUGGUUCUUAAGCGCAUCCAGCUGCUCGAUAAGUCGCUAAGCCACCGUCGCCGCCGACGGCAGCUCAACCGCCAAGUGGACGCCGUCGUUAAGCAUCACUAUCUGGCCCUGAAAUGUGCCGCCAUGCUGGAGGAACUUAUCAGCCCGAUUCUGCUGGCCCAAUUUCUCGGCUGUGUGAUUGUGUGGUGUAUGCUCAUCUUCUACAUGACCAUGAGCAUUGGAAACUUUGGAGCCCUCACAACGCUAAUCCUUUGCGAGAUUUUAGCUUUUGAAAUGUUGGCGUUUUCAUUCUUCGGCUCUGAACUGACUCACGUGGUGAGUCUUCACUUUAAAAAUUGUCUCGUCCUGUCAUUGAGGAAAUCUCUUCCAGAGCUCUUCCGUCGCCACCGAGAUCUACAACUUCCGCUGGUACGACGCUCCGUUGGCGAUCCAGAGAAAAGUGCUACUAAUUAGCGUCCGGUCGCAGCGGAUCGUCGGCGUGACGGCGUUUAAGUUCUACUAUGUCACCAUCGAACAAUUUGGCAAGGUAAUGCACCAUGACAGAGCGUUUUGUCGCAAUUAUUUGCCUCUUUAUUCGCGUUGAACCCGUUGCAGGCCGUGCAGACCACUUACUCGUUCUAUCUGGUGAUGAAAAAACUGUUCGAAGGGCAAUAAGAUAAAGAGAGAUGUCAGCCGGCAUUAAGUGACCGGUUAACGAUCCUUAAGUGCAAUUCAUUGGCGUGAUUCACACUCGUCACAAAUGCAAAUAAACUUUAGUAGAGUGCAUUGACCUCCCCAAGCCAUCCAAGUAGCCUCCGUCACACUAUUUAUAGUGUAAACAAACUUAACCAACCAACGAACCUCGCUGUCGUCUGUCUUUUUCGAAUGGUAGAAUUUGUUCUUGACAUGUUCAU